AUGAACGAACCUGUGGCGGGGUACAUUGAAAUCAAGUCGCGCUUUUUGCCCACCGAUCUCAAACUCGGGUACGCCCCGACGCCUUCCCAUGGCAUGUGUCUUGCCAGCGGCCUCGAUCGAAAGGUCAUGAACGUCACACACUGGUACGACGGUGUGACGCUGUUCUUGCGGCUGUGGAUGUCGUGGUUCACGGUGGACUUGCACACGCGGCGGCCGAUGAUUGGUCGGAAAAACGUCCGACCUGCCGCCAUCAAAGCGACCACGGCGGUGUGCAUGCCGGCGUCGGCGCCGACGCUGAUUGGCGAGUGCGGGGUGCCGUUCAAUAUUCUCAACGAUGGCGCGGCAUACGCGAUCGGCGACUUUUUCAAUUGCAGGUGA